AUAUACUUUGAGGUCAUGUCGACCCUGAGCCAGCAGAGGAAAGUGGUGGAGCAGCUUAGACAGGAAGCAUCAGUCCAUCGUCGUCCCGUGUCAGAGUGCGUGCGGGAGAUGAUAGGCUACAUGGAACAGUACCGCGACAAGGACUGCCUAGUCAACGGCUUCCCUUCGAAAAAGGACAAUCCAUUCCAGGAGAAGGGCGGUUGCAGUCUCCUGUAA